AUUACCUCAUGAAGAAAAUGGUGUCGUCUUGCCUGUAUGCAUCUGCUAACCUACAAUGGGCCUCUUCUGUGAUAACCAAAUUCUUUCUUUAGUAUCCAAUUGCUUUGUCCGACCUAGGGAGGCUCAAAAGGCUGUCGAUGAAGCAAAAGCUAGGUUUGGUCACAUAGAUGGGGAUCACUUGACGCUGUUGAAUGUGUACCAUGCAUACAAGCAGAACAAUGAGGAUUCAUCUUUGUGCUAUAAAAGUUUUGUCAACCAUCGACCUCUCAAGGCUGCUGAUAAUGUGAGACAACAGCUUGUACGCAUCAUGACGAGGUUUAACCUUACGUUAUGCAGCACCGACUUCAACAGCCGUGACUACUAUGUCAACAUAAGAAAGGCAAUGCUAGCCGGAUAUUAUAUGAAGGUUGCUCACCUGGAACGCACUGGGCACUGCCUUACAGUGAAAGACAAUCAUGUGGUGCAUUUGCAUCCUUCAAAUAGUCUGGACCACAAGCCAAAGUGGGUUAUUUAUGAUGAGUAUGUCCUAAGCCGGAAUUUUAUUAGUAUGGUGACAGAUAUUCGUGGUGAAUGGCUAGUAGACAUAGCACCACACUACUAUGAUCUAGACAACUUUCCAAAUUGUGAGGCCAAGCGAGUUCUGGAGAAGCUUUAUAGAAAGCGGGAGAGAGAGAAGGAAAAGAGCAAGAACAGGAAGUGAGAUAUGCACUAUCUGAAUCUUUCAACUUAUCCAAUAUUUCUUUCUCAGGGACGAAGUGAGAAGGUGCUUGUGAAAACUCAUAUGAGAAAGGGUCCGCUCAGUGGUUUCCAUUCAGCUGGCCAAGCUCCCUGUACUUGUUGGAAUAGUAGGUUUAGGUGUGCGGAUUGUUGUUACACUGUCAGAUAUGAGAUUCAGUGUUAUGAACUAAAUGGCAUAUUAAGUAUUAACCACUGUCUUGGAAAUUGAAUUCUUAACUAAGUAGGGUCUUCCUUUAAAAACUCUAUUGUUUUAGGCGCU